AUGCGUUUGACCGUCGAGCUCAUUCAGAAUUCCCUUUCCUACAUCAAUCCGCUUACAGACCGUGAGCUGGAUCUUAGAGGACACAAGAUCCCCGCAAUUGAGAACCUGGGUGUUGCCAAAGACCAAGACACCAUUGAUUUCACCGACAAUGACCUCUCCUCGCUCGGAAACUUCCCCUUCUUCCCUCGUCUUCACACACUACUUCUGGCGCGCAACAGAAUCAGCCACAUCCAAUCCUCUCUAGGCUCGUCGGUGCCCAACCUGACAGCCCUCGUCCUGACUUCAAAUAAUCUGUCCGAGCUUGCGGAUCUCGAUUCGCUCCGAUCCCUCACAAAAUUGACACAUCUUACUCUGCUUGAGAACCCCGUCACACGGAAAGAGAACUACCGGUACUGGGUUAUCUGGACGGUCCCUUCUUUGCGUUUCUUCGACUACCAGAAAGUCAAGGAUGUCGAGCGCGCCAAGGCAAAGGAGCUAUUCGGAACUUUCGAGGAACCGUCUGCCCUUGCAUCGAAGAUCAAGGGCAUCAAGUCCAAGACAUUUGAUGCCUCGAUAGCCGCAGCGACAAACAACGCCUCAACCGACAAGGCGAUCCGGGUAAAGCUCACAGACGCCGAACGGAAGCGCGUGGAGAAGAUGAUUCGCGAGGCAAAGAGUAUGGCGGAGAUUACACGGCUGGAGAAGGAGCUGAACGAGGGCCGGAUACCUGGCGGAGCACUGGGCGCCAGCGAAGAUAUGGAUGGGGACGAGCGGAUGCAAAUGUGA